UUCUGAGACUGAAGUCAGUGAGGAUGAUUGGAUGGAGACCAGGGAAACUCAGACUGGUUUAAAUACAACAAAUAAUAAACAGCCUCUAAGUGAUAUGGGAUGUGAGACAGAAAAAAAAACGUUUAGUUGCUCUGAGUGUGGUAAAAGAUUUAGUCAAAGACACCAUCUAAAUACACAUAUGAGGAUUCAUACAGGAGAGCAACCGUUUAGUUGCUCUGAGUGUGGUAAAAGAUUUAGCCUAAGAUGCAAUCUAAAUUCACAUAUGAGGAUUCAUACAGGAGAGAAACCGUUUAGUUGCUCUCAGUGUGGUAAAAAAUUUAUCCGAAGGAGCACUCUAAAUGAACAUAUGAUGAUUCAUACAGAAGAGAAACCGUUUAGUUGCUCUAAGUGUGGUAAACGAUUUAACAAUAGGAGCAUUCUAAAUAGACAUAAGAGGCUUCAUACAAGAGAGAAACAGUUUAGUUGCUCUGAUUGUGGGAAAAGAUUUAGUCGAAGGGACUGUCUAAAUAUACAUAUGAGGAGUCAUACAGGACAGAACCCGUUUAGUUGCUCUGAGUGUGGUAAAAGAUUUAGCCGUAAAUCCGUUCUAAAUAGACAUAAGAUGAGUCAUACAGGAGAGAAACCGUUUAAAUGCUCUGAGUGUGGUAAAAGAUUUAGCCGUAAGUCCCAUCUGAAUAGACAUGAGAGGAGUCAUAACGGAGAGUAACCGUUCAGUUGAUGAGUGGUAAAAGAUUUAAGAUCCAGUCCUAGUGUACGAGACGUGAUGAUUCAUAAAGGAGAGAAGUGAAUCAGUUUCCACCCUUGCAACAAAGUUUUGUAAGGACAUAUC